UGACACCACAAAAUCAAGUGCUUGGCUAGUUGAACUAAUUCUAAGGGCAGUAUGAGUUCAGAAUCAGGAACUUAAGGAAUUCUCAAAGGAAGUACAGGGCUUAAAGGUCACUUUGAAAGAACUGUCAGGAUAUGGAUUGACAUGAAAGAGUUGGGGGCUGGGGAGGAGGUGCUUGCCAGUUGCCGAGAAAUGGCACUGGGGGGGAUGGUGAAGCUGCAGACUACAGAGAGGGGAUGAAGGGGUGUGCGGAGUACAAGGAGAGAGUUAAUUGAUCUAGUUUUUAAAAAUUGCUCUUUUACUCUCUUUCCAGACUUCAUCUGAGAUGCCUUCUCUAGCCAACAUACCUUAGCCCCGAGCACAUUUCCUCUCCUCAUCUUUCCCUUUUUUCUUUUUCUUUUCUUUUCUUUCUUAAGUUGUUUAAAUUUAAACCAUUAUUUGUGACUCUCUUUCCUGGGAGAAUCACUGCAAGAAGAAUGAUGGUGCCAUGGGAAGAUGGUGUGAAGGGAGACCUCCUGAUAGACAUUGGCUCUGGCCCCACCAUUUAUCAACUCCUCUCUGCUUGUGAAUCCUUCAAGGAGAUCAUCGCCACUGACUAUACUGAGCAGAACCUGCAGGAGCUGGAGAAGUGGCUGAAGAAGGAGCCAGGCGCCUUUGACUGGUCCCCAGUGGUGACCUAUGUGUGUGAGCUUGAAGGGAACAGAGUCAAGGGGCCAGAGAAGGAGGAGAAGUUGCGGCGGGCGAUCAAGCAGGUCCUGAAGUGUGACGUGACGCAGAGCUGGCCGCUGGGGGCUGUUCCGCUGCCCCCGGCCGACUGCCUUCUCAGCACGCUGUGCCUGGACGCCGCCUGCCCGGACCUCCCUGCCUACCGCACGGCCCUCAGGAACCUCGGCAGCCUGCUGAAGCCGGGGGGCUUCCUGGUGCUCGUGGAUGCUCUGAAGAGCAGCUACUACAUGAUCGGCGAGCAGAGGUUCUCCAGCCUCUGCCUGGGCCGGGAGGCAGUGGAGGCUGCCGUGAGGGAGGCCGGCUACACCAUUGAACAGUUUGAAGUGAUCUCCCUAAGUUAUUCUUCCAACAUGGCCAACAACGAAGGGCUUUUCUCCCUGGUGGGGCGGAAGCUGAGCACAUCUGUAUGA